AUGGCUACUCGCGUAACACAGGAGCUGCUGGGCGAGCUGCAGCAUUCACCCGAGCGUAUCCGCAACAUCUGCAUCUUGGCGCAUGUGGACCACGGCAAGACAACGCUCAGCGACAGCCUCGUGUCGGCCAACGGGAUCAUCUCGGAGCGACUCGCAGGCAAGGUGCGAUAUCUGGACAACACGGAGGAGGAGCAAGUCCGCGGCAUUACUAUGAAGUCCAGCGCCAUCUCCUUAGUGUACCAGCCUGAACCCAUAGCCGACAAGGAGCCGGAAGCGCCGUAUCUUAUCAAUCUCGUUGACUCCCCAGGCCAUGUGGACUUUUCGUUCGAUGUAUCCACCGCAGUUCGACUCUGCGACGGCGCUUUGGUGCUUAUUGAUGCUGUAGAAGGACUCUGCGCCCAAACUCACGCCGUGAUUCGUCAAGCUUGGAAGGAAGGGAUCCGUCCGUGUCUUGUGAUUAACAAGAUGGAUCGACUCAUCUUCGAGCUGCAGUUUUCACCCAUGGAGGCAUAUCAGAGACUCAACCGUAUCCUUGAACAGGCCAAUGCUGUACUGAGUUCCAUGAUUAGGAUGGAUGUAUUGGAAAAAUACGAUCAGGAAGCUUCAUCUGAAGACCAGAAGAACAGUACAGACGACACUGAGGCAGUAGAUGCCGAUAAGAUCGAGAUUACACUCGAUGACGAAGCCAUUUCCAAGGAGACGGAGCAAUUGGAGAACGAAAUGCUCUUCUCGCCGUCGAACGGUAACGUUAUCUUUGCUAGUGCUACAGACGGAUGGGCUUUUGGUAUCGGAUACUUUGCAGCACUGUACGCAAAGAAGUUAGAGCUGCCGGUGCGUGUAAUGCGUCAGGCACUGUGGGGGGAGUACUAUUACAACGGCAAGUCGAAGAAGAUCGUGAGUAAACCGCCCACUUCGAACAGCCAGACGAUGUUCUGCUCGUUUAUUCUCGAGUUGAUCUGGACGACCUACACGGCGAUGGCGAAGCCUGUGCUGUCAGACGCGGACUUGGAGGCUCUGCGUAAACUCACGCGACAGCUUCGUGUAGCAAAAUUGGUUACGGAUCGGGAUCUGAAGCAGACGGAUCGGAAGAAUGCAACCCAAGCAGUUAUGCGGAAGUGGUUGCCUUUGUCUACGACGGUGCUGAAGAUGGUAACACGCGUUCUGCCGAGUCCUGUGUCUGCUCAGGUAAAGCGGGCCGACAAAUUGUGCACGAUCUCGCCGGAGCUCGAAAAAUCACCACAGCACACUCAAGUCUUCCGUUCGCUGCAAUCAUGUCAGACUUCGGAUGACGCGCCGUUGGUAAUUUACAUUUGCAAGGUGAUCUCAGUGGAAGCGAACGUGUUAUCCGAUUAUCAUCAGUCUGGACUGGCUGCCACUGACGAGGUCUAUGUCGGCGUGGGUCGUGUCUACUCAGGCGUCCUUAGAGAAGGCCAGCCUGUCUACGUGAUGGACCCGAAGUUCCAGGGCGUGACGGGAGAUGUGGAUGCAAUCGACUUGAAUACGGUGAAACAUGUUGCACGUAUUGACAGCGGGCUGGUUAAACCUUACAUGAUGAUGGGACGCGAUCUGCACAAACUGGGCCGUGUGCCUGCAGGCAAUAUCGUCGGUAUUGUCGGACUACAGGAACAUGUUUUGAAGACAGCUACGCUGUCAUCCACACUGGCGUGUCCUUCAUUAACGAAGAUGCCAUACCAAGCAAAGCCGAUUGUCCGCGUGGCAGUGGAACCUGAAGAUCCGCGUAACUUUGGAGCGCUGGAAGCUGGUCUACAGCGACUGUAUCGAUCUGAUCCGACUGUCGAAGUCCACGUGCAGGAGACUGGAGAACACGUCAUUGUGGCACUGGGAGAGCUUCACUUGGAACGCUGUAUUAAGGACUUGAAGGAACGCUUUGCUAAAGUCGCUGUUCAAGUCUCCGAGCCAUUGGUGGGUUUCCGUGAGAGUGUUGUCGACGGAACGAUCUCUUCGUUCCAGGAGAACAUCGUGUUCAAGGACCUUCUCAACCCCGACUCGACUAAGGAUGAAGCUUCUGACAAAGACGAGAACGCUGAUGUUCAAGACCCGAAGAUUGCGUUGGGAACGACUCCGGAUGGGACGCUGACACUGAAGUUGCGAGCACUUCCGUUGCCUCUUGAGACGGCAAAGCUCUUGGAAGAAAGUGCACCGUUUCUAAAGCGUAUCACGCACAACAAGAAGUCCACUGAUGAGAUCGAUACGAAGGAAGCAGACGCGGAUAUUGAGGCUGCUGCAGAGGAUGUAGCUGCAUUCAAGAAGAAGCUGGAGAAAUCUCUUCAAACGAGUGACAACAGCUUUUUGAAGUCGUUGCCGUUGCACCAGAUUUGGAGCUGUGGUCCACGACGAGUGGGUCCAAACAUGUUGAUCAACAACAUCCCAGGUUACCAUUCAACAGGCUAUCUAUUCCCACCUACCUCAGCUGCAGAGGUCCAGGACUCAGAGAAAGCAGAGCAGAUCCGAAAGUUGGAGAACAGCGUUGUGACGGGCUUCCAAAUGGCCUCGUCGGCUGGACCUUUGUGUGAUGAGCCUGUGUGGGGAGUCGCCUUUAUCGUCGAAGAUGUCGUGUUCCACGAGAAGAGCGAGGAGGACAAAUCGGAAGAGGAAAAGGCCGAGGCGAGCAAAUACGGACCGCUUAGCGGACAGGUAAUCUCCAUUAUGCGGACAACUUGCCUCAUGUCGUUUGUGAAGCAGCCUGUGCGGUUGGUAGAGGCUGUGUACGAGUGCACAGUGCAGUGUCAGGCAGAACAACUCGGCAAGCUUUACAGCGUCAUCUCUAAGCGACGUGGCGAUAUCUACUCCGAGGAGCUCUCCGAUGGAACAGCACUAUUCACCGUGAAGGCUCACUUACCCGUUGUAGAAAGCUUCGGCUUCGCCACAGACCUGCUGAUCCAGACGUCAGGGGCUGCUAGCAACCCACAAUUGAUUUUCUCGCACUGGAGCAUCAUCGAUAUGGACCCUUUCUUCCAGCCGCAAACAGAAGAGGAGCGUGAGGACUAUGGCGAACGCGUGUACGAACACAACUACGUUAGACGUUACAUUGAGGCGGUACGUAAGCGCAAGGGACUGUCUCGAGAUGAAAAAAUUGUCGUGCACGCCGAAAAACAGCGCACACUAAAAAGAUAG